AUGCCACAACAGCAGCAGCAACAACAGCGACCUGUCAGCAGCAUAGAUCCCACUGUCAAGCGUCGCAGAAAGAAGGCGUCUCGAGCCUGUUCCCACUGUCAAAAGGCUCAUUUGACAUGCGAUGACUCACGGCCUUGCCAGCGAUGUGUCAAACGUGGGUUAGAAGACACUUGCACUGAUGGCGCUAGAAAGAAGGCAAAGUAUUUACGGGAAGAUGAGAAUGAUUCAGAUCAACGCUUUCAGUCCAACGUCAUGACACCGCCCAACAUGAUGAACUACAUGGAGGACAGCAACCAUCAUCACGUAGGAUUUGGAUCGGAUACUGCGGGCCUCGAGUAUGGUAUGCUAUCAAAAAUGAUACCCUUGGUGGAUACAAACAGCCCAUUUUCAAUGACUCCCAUCAACAACACCACGCCGCCGACUGCUACUACCACUACCAUUACAUCUAAUAAUGCAAAUCACUGGACCCAACAGCAGCAAGAUAUUGUACUCAACAAUGCGAGCUCUGCCAAUACAUCGCCUAGCAUCUCCUCAUUAACACCACAACUACAGCAUCAUCCACUCAACAACAACAGCAACAAUCAUGAUCCACAGCAAGUGUUGCGUCGAAGAAAGGGUAUUGGCAGUACGCCUGAGGAAAUUUAUGCCCGAGUACAGCGUCCAUACAACUAUGCGGAAAGCUAUCACUUUUUAAUAGAGUACGUCAAGCAUCGUAUGGGCAGAGAUCAGCUGAUCCGCAUCAGUCGUGCACUGGUCUUGUUCCGGCCAUCAUACAUGUCGCUAGUCGCUGCUUUGACAGAGGAGGAUCUAAUCUACAUGGAGAAGUGUGUUCAGCGCACAUUACUGGAGUUCGAAAAGCUGAUUAGCUUCUCUGGAACACCUACUGUUGUUUGGAGAAGAACAGGCGAGAUUGUGCUCGUGGGCAAGGAGUUUUUGCUAUUAACACAGUGGAGCAAAGAGACAUUGCUGGGCAAACGUACUUACAUAUAUGAGUUGAUGGACAAUGGUUCUGCUGUAGAAUACUGGGAAAAGUUUUCUCAACAUGCGUUUGAUAACGCUGAAUUAGGCGUCUACAUGUCAGUCAUUCUGAUGAGUCCAUCGUAUCGUCCCGUGCCAUGCAGUUUCUGUUUCACACUGAAGAGAGAUAUUUUUGAUCUGCCUUGUGUUAUCGUAGGCAAUUUUUUACCCAUCUUGGGAGCUAAUUCAGGUCGCUAG